AUGGGCUGUUUCGCUCCUUGUACAGAAAAGCCCAUGUUUCCAGACCACGUAAAGGAAACCCAGGACAGCCAUUAUUUCUGACUCCUUAUAUUGACAGUGGGAAGCUUGCAGAAGAUAGAGCCACAGAAAGCACCAGUUGUCCUUUGGCUGCAGGGGGGCCCAGGAGGCUCAUCCAUGUUUGGUCUCUUUGUGGAACAUGGACCUUACAUUGUCAGAGAAAACAUGACUUUGGGUGCCAGAGACUUUCCUUGGACCACUACGUUUUCCAUGCUCUACGUUGAUAAUCCCGUGGGCACAGGUUUCAGUUUUACUGACCAUGUCCAUGGAUAUGCGAUAGAUGAGGAUGACGUGGCCCGAAACUUAUACAGUGCAUUAGUUCAGUUUUUCGAGUUGUUUUCUGACUAUAGAGACAAUGACUUUUACGCCACUGGGGAGGAGCCUGAUGACCAAAGUUACUACGGGAAAUUUUUGUCCCUCCCCCACGUAAGACAAGCCAUCCAUGUGGGAAACCAGACUUUUAGUGAUGGAGCCAAAGUUGAAAAGUACUUGCGAGAAGAUACAGUCAAGUCAGUGAAACCGUGGUUAGCUGAAAUCAUGAAUAAUUACAAGGUUCUAAUCUACAAUGGCCAGCUGGACGUCAUUGUGGCAGCUUCCCUAACAGAGCGCUCCUUGAUGGCCAUGGACUGGAAGGGAUCUCAGAAAUACAAGAAAGCAGAAAAAAAAGUUUGGAGGAUUCUUAAAUCUGAUCCUGAAGUGGCUGGUUAUGUACGGCAAGUGGAUAACUUCUGUCAGGUAAUUGUUCGAGGUGGAGGCCACAUUUUGCCCUAUGACCAGCCUCUGCGAGCUUUUGACAUGAUUAAUCGAUUCAUUUUUGGAAGAGGAUGGGAUCCUUAUUGAUGGAUAAGCUGCUUUCCUAAAGGAGACCAUCAUGGCUUUUAAUCUUUGAAAAGAAAGUUUUCAAGACAGAAAAUGUUACAUAAAUAAGAAAAUUAUCUUUUUAAAACUGCAAAAUUUUCCUCAUCAAUAAAAAUUAUCCUUAAAACAAAUGAGGUUCUGUUUGGGGGGAGAGAUGGUUCAUUACAAAAUUAACUGUAAGAAAAUGUUGUGCAUGAGUGAGAAUUACA